AAUAAAUACUACCAUAAUCAAUUAAUUUACUUACUUAAGUAAAGAGUCUUUUUUGUCUUAAUAUUGUUAAAAAUUAACGCUUUUCUUUCCCCUUUCACAAAAAAAAUUAAGAGGAUCAUAGUGGAUAAUUUUAUUAUUUGACUGUAUUGUGGUGGCACAACUGCUUACACAACCAUUUUUAUAUUAUAUAACCUCACUUUACAUGUAACCUAACUUAUUUGUGUCAAUAAAAUUAGAUUUUAAAAUGCCUUACAAAUAUAUUGGUAGAAAACACGAUUUUAUCGGAAAAACAUUAUGGGAAAUAGUGGGAAAUCUGAAGAAUUUUGGAAUGGGACGUAUUGUUGCCAGAAGUAGGUUUGAGAGGUAUCCCGAACCAUCAUUCUUAAAAAUAAUAAAAGUAGAAACGCUACCUAAUCCAGAGAAACCAAGCUACGACGAUGUACGUAAAGUUAGAGUAUGGGUUGAAAAAGUUUUUCGUGGUGUAAAACAACCAAAACCAAUGGUUAUUGAAAGCACCAGUUACAAAACAGAUUACAAACUAAUUCCCAAAGAUCAGGAAGAUGCUUAUUGCCGGUUUAAGGAAGUCAAACAAGAACAUGUGAAAAUAGUUCCAAAAACAGUUGAUUUUCCACCAAUAAUGCAAGAGUUGUUAAAAAGGGACAUGAUUUCCAGAGGAGAAAAAGUUACUGAAGUACCAAAGUUAGAACUUGUGUAUAAUAAGAGUAGUAAACAAAAAUAUAAGAUUGCUGAAAAAGAUGAGAAACCAGAUGUAAAUAUUACACUAGGAUUAGGAACACCAAUUUCUCCUAGUUUGUAUGAAGGUGUAAAGUUAUAAAAUUAGGUUAAUAAAAAUAAAUUAAGUAGAUAUUUUAAAUGUUUUUAUAUUAUGUUUAAUAUUCUUUCAGCCUCAUUUUUGAUUUCAUCGGUUAAACUUUCCACUAUUUUUGUUCUUGGAUUUUUUUGUUCUUCCAAAUUC